CAAACUGUAUGGUCAACAGGUGAGGGUCCGAAUGACGGUCGGCUAUCGGCGUAUCAUAUCCGUCGAGCAUGUGAGGAUAGCCUACGCCGCCUGCAGACCGAUCACAUAGACCUGUACCAGAUGCAUCACGUUGAUCGACGUACGCCGUGGGAUGAGAUUUGGCAGGCGAUGGAGCAAUUGGUGCGUGAAGGUAAAAUCCUGUACGUUGGUAGUAGUAACUUCGCUGCGUGGGACAUUGCUCGCGCACAGGGUAUCGCUGCCCAGCGCAACUUUCUUGGGCUUGUCUCAGAGCAGAGCCUGUAUAAUCUCCGUAGUCGGACAAUUGAGCUUGAGGUUCUCCCGUGUUGUCGCGAGCUCGGUUUGGGAGUCAUUCCAUAUAGUCCGAUGGGUGGUGGAUUGCUCUGCGGUGUACUGGAUAAUCCGACCACUGGACGGCGAGGCAGGGAAUCGCUCAGACAAACGAUUGAGACGCAUCGAACCCAACUCCAAGCGUAUGAGGAACUCUGCGCGUCAAUAGGACAACCACCAGCUAACGUUGCUUUGGCAUGGGUGCUCAACAAUCCAGACGUUACGGCACCGAUUGUGGGACCGCGGACAGUCGAACAACUUGAACAGAACUUGUCCGUCUUGGAAUUGAAAUUAGACGAUGGAACCCUCACAAGACUCAAUGAGAUUUGGGAGGGUCCUGGUGGUGAAGCACCAGAAGCGUACGCGUGGUAG